GUGUAAGGUUCGGUUUGUUACAGAAUGCGUUGUGUUUGGUAUUCUUUAAAUACAAUGCGAGAAAAAUAAGUGUAUUUCCAAAAAGGAUUUGUGUAAUACGGCUGAUGUUGUGCACAGAAGAUUGUGAUAAAUAAAUGAAAUAAACUCCGUUCGAAUGUCAGCUCAUAUUACAUUUUUAAUUUGGCUUCAGAUGUUGUCUUAUACUUUUUCAUGAGCACAAUUUCACUUCAAUAUUGAAAGAGUAUUUUCUGAAACUGAGAAACGGCAAGAGCAGCUUAGUCCUCAUAUUAUUUUAAUUCAAGAUAAAGCUUGAAGAUCGGGAUGUGAUGUUGGCGAUAUAGCCCUCAACAUGUGCCACAUACUUUCUGCUGUAGAUGAAAACAUCAAGAGAGAGGAAGAAGGAGAAAUUGAGAGAACUUUGCACCGCAACACAGGAAACUAAGUCACCAUGGUAACAGAGGGAUAGGAUCAGACCGCUCCUCUGCAUUUGACUCUCUGUAGUUGGUAGUCGCUCCUACUGGACUCCACCGGACGAGAGGGACAGUUUGCAAGAGUGCCAUGCUAAAAGAAAGACUAUUACGGAUCAAACAUUUUCUUUCACAGAGAUAAAAGGUUACUUCUUAGAUAGCGGGGCUUGUCCACUGGCUCUAUGGACAAAGCGAUGUGUAUUGCCGACAGCACCAAUUGCACCAAUGCCACAUGUCCGAAUCUGUACGAUCACCGGCCGACGGCGCGGGUUCUCAUGCCACUGUAUUACUCCAUCGUGUUUGUGGUGGGUCUCUUUGGCAACGCGUUGGCGUUGCACGUCAUCCGUCCCAACCUGCGCAAGAUGAACUCCACCACGCUCUACUCGGCCAACCUGGUGGUGUCGGACAUCCUGUUUGCGCUCUCGCUGCCGCUGCGCGUGCUCUACUACGCGCUGGGCUUCCACUGGCCCCUGGGCGAGGUGGCGUGCAAGGCCACGGCGCUGGUCUUCUACAUCAACACCUACGCCGGGGUCAACUUCAUGACCUGCCUGAGCGUGGACCGCUUCAUCGCCGUGGUGCUGCCGCUGCGGCUGUCGCGCUUCCGCAAGGUGCAGCGCGUCAAGUGGGUGUGCGCCUUCGUGUGGAUGCUGGUGCUCGCCCAGACGCUGCCGCUGCUGUCCAUGCCCAUGACCAACGCCGAGCCCGGCGACUACGUCACCUGCAUGGAGUACCCCAACUUCGAGCAGGUGCCCAACCUGCCGUUCAUGCUCAUCGGCGCCGUCUUCCUGGGCUACGGCGUCCCCGUGGUCAUCAUCCUGAUCUGCUACUCGUGGCUGUGCUCCAAGCUGCACCUGACGGCCAAGAGCAACCACCUGACGGAGAAGUCCGGCCGCAACAAGAAGGCCAUCGGCGUGGUCCUCUGCGUCAUCCUGGUGUUCGUGGUCUGCUACACGCCCUACCACGUGGACCUGCUGCAGUACAUGGUCCGCAAGCUGCGCUACGCGCCGGACUGUGGCGAGCUGCACCGCUUCCAGAUCUCGCUGCACUUCACCGUGUGCCUGAUGAACCUCAACUCCUGCCUGGACCCGUUCAUCUACUUCUUUGCCUGCAAGGGCUACAAGAAGAAGGUGAUGAAGCUGCUCAGGAGGCAGACCAGCAUGUCCUUCUCCAGCCAGGCGCGCACCUCGCCCGAGGAGUCGUCCCGCGAUCUCGACCACAACAGAGUCCGCCUCUACAGCAGGGGUGAACACCACUGAAAAGAACUGAAGAGUCCAUGCCGGGCCUGUAGAACUCAGGGGAUUCUGAGAAGGUUCCAGAAUCUGAUAAACUGUCUUAAAAAAAAAACAGGGAGAUAAUUAGUCUUUUCUAAACAGUUAUUGAAAGACAGACAGAAAGUGGAGGAAGGAAACGGAGGCUGCUAAAAUGUAACCUGCCACCAAUUUUACCGUCCUUUUGAUAAUGAUCUUUUCCCCACAUGUAAAGCAGCAAACUGGUUUGUCGUCUUGCUGAAGAUGAAGUUCCUUUGCUUGAGGUUUCUCACGGUAAAGGGCAAACCACACAGAACAAACUGGGGCAUUGUGAAGGCAUUGAGUGCUCAGGGUCAAGUUGACUGUUCUCAUGAGGAUUGUUUAUAGAUUGUUUAUAAGUUAAUGGUGCAGGAUUUGAGAAGUCAUCCCAUAUACCACUGUUGGACAUGGAGAUCAGACUUACGCACGGCUUAAUGGAGAGUGCUGAAUGCCUUGUUAAUUGGACUGAUGUAGAGCAACUGAAAGUUUCAUGUUUCACCCUGUCUUGUAGUUACAUCUACGUUUGUUCCUUAGAGAUCUUGGUGCUCUGUAUAUUCACUCUUAAAGCGAAUGUGAAGCAACACAAACUGUGUUGUCUCUAUCUGAACGUGGAGAUAUGAUAAAAACAAAAGAAAUUGGGUUAUUUUCAACACAUACUGUGUACACUCUUGAAACGAAUAACAAAAGCCAGUGUGUUAUUCAAAACAAACCGUCGUUCCUAUGGAGAUGUGUUAAAAACAACGCAAGUCAUGUUGUUUUCAACACAUUUGUUUUAAGAGCGCUGUUUGACAUCUGGGCUGUGGUUGUUUUUUGUUUUUUGUUUUUGUUUUUAGUCAGUUUCUUUAUGUCCAUUGCCACCUAGUGUCUGCUGUAAACGGUUUGAAGGCCAAUGACGCACUCACAUGGCCACCAUCUAAAAUGUCACUCUGCCACAGUGGUGGUUGUGUAAGCAGUUUAACUUCCUGCGGUACAAAGACAAGAAAUAAAUAAUCUUGAUAGACAUAUGGAAUAGAUGUGAUGUAACCCAAGACUGCUUUAUCUCUUACUUUCUUUUUUCUUUCUCUUUUUCUUUCUUUUUUAAGAAUAAAAUCCUCAUUAUCACAUGA